AUGCCAAGCCUCAAGAUCAUCCGCUCUGCCAUAGCAGAACUCCCCAAUGGCCCGCCGCUGGUCGUUGCCUUGACAGGCGGAACCACGGGUAUAGGCUCAUAUGUCGCGAAGGCCCUCGCUACAGCCUUUGCUAAAAGCGGUUCCAAACUGCGCGUCUACAUUGUCGGCCGAAAUGCGACUCGUGCCGAGACUGUCAUCACCGAUGGCCAGCGAAUCAGCCCAGGCUCGGAAUGGCGCUUCAUUCAGGCGACAGAUCUCGCCCUUAUCAGCGACGUCGACCGCGCCAGCGCAGAAAUCAUCCGUCAGGAGACUGAAGGGUCAUUCCACGGCGGGCCGCCAAGACUGGACCUUCUGUACAUGAGCCACUGCUAUCCAAUCUUGAAGGAACGAAGUACCACAACGGAAGGCCUUGAUUCUUUUCUUUCAACUACCUACUAUUCCCGGAUGAGGUUCAUCCUGCAGCUCAUGCCGAUACUCCUUGCCUCCCCAUUGCCUGCGCACGUCAUUUCGAUAUAUGCCGGCGGCAUGGAAGAUGGAACAUCUCCUGGGGAGUCGCCGAUUGGCUGCCCAUCCGACUCCACGUAUGGAAUAUCUGGCGUCCGCAAGCACACCUGUUUCAUGAAGAAUUUUUUCUUUGAGGAGCUUGCGGAGAAACACGCAGGCAAACUCAGCCUGUCCCACAUCUAUCCCGGACUCGUCGAUGGCCCAACCUUUUACAGUCCAGACAUGCCGACCUGGUUCAAGGCUGUGUGGACUUUGAUAAAGCCACUCGCAUGGCUGUACAUGACGGCGCCGGCUGUAUGUGGCGAAGUAAUGGUGUCUCUUGCUACGCCGCGCUACCCAGCAAAGGGAGGGCUCGUGAACGGGGUUGAGGUGGCGAAAAACACAAAGGGAGAGCUUGGAGGAGGUUCAUACGCCCUUGGACAGAGAGGGGAUUCGUGGAGCAAGGGAAAGAGCUACGCGAAAGUCCGCACCGGUGAAACAAACAAGCAGGUCUGGGACCAUACGAUGGAGACCCUGGAUAGGAUCGAGAAGGAAAAUGCGGACCAUAAGCCAUAG